AUGCAAACAGAGAAUAGAAAUAGAGAGAAGUGCUGUCUAGUGGUCUUAGAUGGUUGGGGUGAGAAUGAAGAGAACAACCCAGAAAUUGUUGAUGCAAUUGUUCAAGCCAAUCCCUGCCAUAUGAACAAGUUACGUGCUACUUACUUCAGCACUCUUCUUUUGGCCCACGGAACUUAUGUUGGCCUAGCUAGUAAUAGUAAUAUGGGAAAUUCAGAAGUUGGCCAUUUAACCAUUGGAGCGGGCCGAACGGUGCUUCAGGAUAGUGUGCGAAUUAGAAAAGUACUGAGUGGUGAUCUUGGUUCGGAUGAACAAACAAGCGUGCUAUCUAACUUAUUCGAUUCACUUGUUGCCAACCAAAUUGUACACGUACUAGGCAUGCUUUCAGACGGUAAUAUUCACAGCCAUUGGCGCGAUAUUUUAGACAUAGCUACUCUAAUCUCACCAAAAUGCCAAGCCGUAUACAUUCAUAGCAUUGCUGAUGGCCGCGAUACUCGCCCAUCGGAGUAUCUUAACUAUCUCGCUCAGAUUAAACCUUUACUACCCGCCAAUGCCUAUAUAGUCUCGGUCUCUGGCCGCUUCUAUGCCAUGGACCGCGACAAGCGAGAAGAACGAACAGCUGCUACUUAUGAUACUCUUUUCUCGGCCACUAAACCCACCCAAACGCCAUCUUUACCAAAUUACACUGAAAUAACUAGCUACAUCGAACAGCAAUAUGCUCAAAACAUCACAGAUGAAUUUAUUCCACCCUUCUGCUUACCAGGAUGCCAGAUAACACCCCAAAGUCCCUUGCUGAUUACUAACUUUCGAGUCGAUCGAGUCAGACAAAUCUAUGCCAAGCUGGCCCCAGUCACCCAGAUCCACACCAUGACCCGGGUUUUGCCCGACCAAAAGAAUGAGGAAGUCUUAUUUGAACGGCCUGAAAUAAAGCAGACUCUUGGAGAUGUAAUUGAAGAGCAAGGUCUUCGCCAAGUCCGCAUUGCAGAAACUGAAAAGGCCGCCCAUGUGACCUUCUUUUUUGAUGGCGGUAAAGAUAUCAAUCGCCAGAACAGUCUCAAAAGAAUCAUUCCCAGCCAGCGAGUUGAGUCUUACGAUACCACCCCCGCAAUGUCCGCCCCCGAGGUCACCAAAGCUGUUCUGGAUGAAAUCAAACAAGGCACCGAUUUUGUCCUAGUCAACUUUGCCAACGGCGACAUGGUUGGCCAUACCGGCAAUAUUUCAGCCACCAAGCAAGCCAUCUCCGUCCUUGACCAGCACAUAAACGAAAUCUACCUAGCCGCCAAAGAGCACAACUACCUCCUCAUCAUCACAGCCGACCAUGGCAAUGCCGAGGUUAUGCAAGAUGCACAAGGCCCAGUCAAAUCCCACACCACCAAUAAGGUUCCCAUUAUCAUUAUCUCCCCGAGCACUCAAGCAAGCGUCACCACCUCCAAGUCAAACCCAAGCCUUGCUGAUGUAGCCCCCACUGUUCUUCGUCUUAUGAACCUACCAAUCCCCGACGCCAUGACCGGCCAUUCACUAAUCAACUAA